AUGGCCCGGCUGAGAAGUUUCAAAGUUUGCUGUGGCGUGACAACAAUUUUCAUCAUCGUUCUUGUUUGUAUUUUCACAACCUUAGCACUUACAGUAUUCAAGCCUAAAAAACCCACUAUCAUAGCCAACCCAGUUGGUCUCGAGAACAUCCAAUUAAACGCGACGCUAAAUGUCACCCUAGGCAUGAUUAUCAGCAUCGACAACCCUAAUUAUGGUAGCUUCAAGUUCACCAACAGUACAGCUUACGUUAAUUACCAUGGAGUCAAUGUGGGAGAAGUUCCAAUUCAAGCAGACUUGAUCCCAGCACAUGCCAAGGUUAACAUCACUACUUCUGUUGACCUAAUGGCCGAUAGGCUAAUAGAAAAUCCUUAUUUUAUGCAAGAUCUUAUAGCCGGGAGAUUUGACUUGGCAUCAACAUCUUCUAUGCAUGGGAAAGUGAAAGUGCUCAAAAUCUUGAAACUAGAUGCAACGGCUUUAAGCACCUGCGACAUCUCUAUCUCUGUUAGUUCUCUGAGUAUUGAGUCCACUUGCAAGUCUGAAAUUAAGCUAUAG